CAUCAACAUCAUCGAUGGAUUAUAUCAAUCAAUCAAUAUAUAUGGUUUCAAUAUGGUGGUGUUUGUUGUAUAUCUUGAUUUUUUUUUCUCACUUCAUGUUUCGAAUGUGUGUGUGUGUGUGUGUGUACUGGUAUUUUGGGUGGCUAUUUAGACCUGUGAUGCUGACAUGAUUCCAAUCAUUCAUUAUUUGUAUAUUCAAUGUAGAAGGACAUGCCGUAUGUUUAUAAAAAAAUCGAAUCGAAUCGAAUCGAAUGUGUAUGUGUUUCGAAUAAUUUUUAUGCAAUUUUAAUUGAUUAACCAAUUCAUUAAUUAAUAACCAAUCAUCACUAUAUAAAUACCUGGGUAGGUGACGAAAGAUUUUUCUUUUCUUUUUUCUUUUUUUUUGGCGGGCAAAAAUGAAUUGUCUCAAGGAUUGUCACGAUUCGUUGCAAACAACACAGCAACAGCAACAACAACAACAACAAACGCGAUUUGAAUCGGUCGAACGCCCAUUCAUAAUACGUGGCCUAUUGAAUGAUAAAUGGCCAUGUAUUCAAUGGACAUUGAAUGAAUGGGCAGAUAAUUGUCACCAUGAAACAAAGUUUAAAUUUCGUGUCCAUCGAAAACAAUCAUCGAAAAAAUAUGAUGAUAAUAAUAAAAUUAUUAAAAUUGAUGAUGAAAUUUUUUCUCAUCAACGAUCAUUAUUAGAAUCAUCUACUACUUUUGAUGAUGAUGAUGAUGAUGAUGAUGACAAUAAUGGCUAUUGGGAAAAUGAAGCCAUCGAUACGAUUACGGCUACAAUGGGAGAAUUUAUUGAUUUUAUCAAAAUGAAAACAAAGAAUGAAAAAAAUUAUCAUUCUACAAUGAAUCCAUUUGAAAAAUAUUCAUCAAUAAAUGAAUAUUGUUUCUAUAGUUCAUAUAAUCAUAUUGAUGAAAUGAUGGAUCAAAAAAGUCACCAGACUCUAUCCAAUGUUAUCCAAUGGAAUAAUUUAGGUCUAUUCGAAUCGAAUGGACCGAUGAUGAAUCAAAAAUUUUCAACGACUAUUUGGAUCGGUACGACCAAAUCCUGUACACCAUGCCAUCAGGAUACAUAUGGCUAUAAUUUUGUUGGACAAUUAUAUGGAAGAAAACAAUGGAUUCUUUUUCCACCAACGGAUGCCGCUGUGUUAUAUCCAACCAGAAUUCCAUAUGAAGAAUCGUCUAUAUUUAGUCAAAUAAAUUUUAAACAUAUUGAUUUGAACAAAUUUCCAUUAUUUAAACAAUGUAGGCCAUAUAUAAUUGAACUUAAACCAGGUGACCUAUUACAUGUUCCACAUCAUUGGUGGCAUUAUGUUGAAAAUUUAGAUCAAUGUAAUAACAAUGAAGAUAAUGAUCAGGUAUCCAUUUCGGUUAAUGUAUGGAUUGAUCCGACAUCCUUGAAGCCAACUACUACUGUUGAUGAUGAUGAUGAUAAUAUGGUUGCUACUAUUAAUCGACGUGAUCAUAUUCAAGAAUGUAUUACACAAUUAUUAUUUGAUUCAUUACAUCGAUCGAUUGGUUUUUCCAAUGAAAAAUGGUUAAAUUCUUUGAAUGUUCAUCCAUUACCGGCGAAUGAAUUAUUACAAACAUUGAAUCAUUUAAUCGGACAACAUCAUGCAGACGAUUGUCAUCAUAAAUAUCGAAAACCAGUCGAACUUCAGGUUGAAUAUUUGAAUGAAACCAAUGUCAAACAUUUAUCUUCACGACUGGCAAUGACGAAACAAAGAAAAAUUGUAAAAAUGACAAAAAUAUCUAACAUCUAAAGAUAUUGUAGAUCGAAUACUUGAUCCAGAUGUUAUUGAUUGUAUUGUGAAUAAAUUAUUAUUGAAUUGAAAUUGAAUAAAUGAUGAUUUUUUUUCAAAAAAAAUUUUUUCUCGUAACGUCAUUUAUGAACAAACUGUAAAUUUUUUUU